AUGACACCCCUCAUCCGAGUCAUUGGAUCUCUCAAUGCGGACAUGGUCUCAGUUACGCCCCGAUUCCCAGACCCAGGCGAGACAAUCACCUCCUCAUCAUACUUUACCAGCGCGGGCGGCAAGGGCGCAAACCAAGCCGUGGCAUGCGGGCGCAUGUCUCGAACCAAGCCAACAAGCACCACAGACUCUACAGGCGAUGUCAAUAUUGAGAUGAUGGGCGCAGUAGGAGCUCUAGAUGCCCACUUCUCGUCAUUGCUUAAACCGACCCUCGAGAGGUCCGGAGUCGACCCGUCCCGAGUGAAAGUCGUCGAGAAAGCAUACACCGGCGUGGCUGUAAUCAUUGUGGACUCUUCAGCCGGCGGAGAGAACCGCAUCCUCUUCUCGCCGGGCGCAAAUUACGAUGGCAUGCAGCCUACCCCAGAGGUGCUAGGAAUGGCACUAACAGCGCCCGUGCCCGAUGUCAUCGUGAUGCAGGGCGAGAUCCCGGUGGACACGACUAUUGGAAUACUACGUGAGAUCGCAGCUUACAAGUUCAAAGCUCGCUCUGCAGGGAAACGCGGCAUUGAGUGUGGCCCGGAUGUUAUGCUCAACCCGGCACCGGCGCCACCUGGUGGCUUGCCCGAGGAUGUAUACGCUGCUGUCGAUCAUUUGAUCCUAAAUGAGACAGAGGCUGAGCUGAUGACUCCGCCUGCAGAGCAAUUGCUUCGAACGGUGCCGGAUGCUGAGGGCUUGGAUGGGAAGGAGAAGGUUGCUCGGUAUUUCCACAAACUGGGCGUCACUUACAUCCUUAUCACGUUCGGCGCGAAGGGCGUCUGGUAUAGUGCCGCAGAUGGCGGCUGGUCCGGACCCAGUGAUGGACUACAGCGCUUCACCAACGAGAUUCCAGCUGCCUCUGUCUCUCACGUGUUGGAUACCACUGGUGCGGGUGAUACAUUUGUUGGAGCCUAUGCGGUCAGAGUGGCGCGGUGGCGCGAGCAACGUCGGGUCGAGGGCAAGGCUGGACAGAAUGUCUCGGACGAUGAGAAGGCAUACCGGUACAAGACGGUCAUGGACGAGGCGAUGCAUUUGGCUACUCGCGCCUCGGCUCGGGCUGUGGAACGCCGGGGUGCCAUGGAUAGCAUUCCUUUUGAGGAUGAGGUCUAA